AUGUCUUCUCGUUGGAUAGCUGCGAUUUGUUUCAUUUGCGUUGGUCAAGCUUUGUGUUCAAGUACUGAUUCACAGCGUGAAUUUCUUAAAAUAAGUCCGGCACAGAAUCAAUUGCUAAAAGAAGAAUGUAGCAAUUUGAACAGUCAUGCCGGAUCUGUCUUCAAAUUGUUAUCAGGAGGAUUAGAAGAAAAUUAUGAUCUGUUUAACUUUAUGGUUCAGAUUAUCCAUGUAAAGCAAAAAGGGGAUGGAAAGUUAGAUAUUGUAAGUAUUUGUUCGGGUGCUGUCAUUAGCGAUAUUCAUAUUAUUACAGCUGCUAGCUGCUUCGAUUAUGAAUACAACGGUAUUGUAAAUACGCCAUUAAGUGAAUUCAAGAUUUAUGGUGGAUCAUUUUGCUUAUAUAUGAAUAAAAAACAAGCCCUGUAUGAUAAUAUCGUCAGGAAAGAAUGUCCUGAUGUGAAGUCAUAUUCGGAUCAAGUACUCUCAAUCAAGCCCAUUUCGUUGCUUAUACCAAUGGCAUCAGUCAUCAGUAACUUGCAUGGAAUUCCUUUCUACGGGCCAUAUUCGGAUAUUGCUAUAUUUGAAGUAGAGAGUUUGAGUAAUAUACCAAAAAAUCAUGAUUAUGAUUUAAUUAGUCCAAUUUGCAUCGCUUCGCCAUUGAUGCCUGAACGUGCAACACCUGUUUAUACCAUUGCUUCAUUCGGCCGCAGAAAAGAAAUUCUAGAAAGUAUAAAGUAUAACGACGGAGAGAAUCCGAUUAAUGUGAGAUUGAAUAUUGAACACGAAUACAAUGUUCACAUUAACAAAUGUCCAAGUAGUAUUCAUGUAGAAGCCUGUAAAAAUAUUAUAAUUAUUGAACCAGACUUGCCUGCAGCUGAGGGUGACAAUGGUUCACCAGUAAUGGUAACUUUCGGUAAGAAGCACUUUUUAGUAGGUGUUCUCUCAGCCCGUGAAAAUGUUGGACCAGCUUACAAGAAAUAUAUUCUUGCAACACAUAUCACUGAGUUUCAUAGAUCCAUUUGUAAUUAUACUGGCAUUUGUAUGCUUGAGAAUAGCACUGAUAUUUUGAGUGAAUCAGAACAGGCGAUUCUAAUCACAAAAGACGAUGAUGGCAAAUCUGUUUUUGGUAACGGUACGUCAAUUUUUUAG